AUGACACGUUCAUUUUCUGCGUCCAGUUUCUCACUUCCGCUUGUAAGGGUUUGCGGGCCAAAGAAGCGUUUCUAAGCAACAGCUCAGGACUCACGCACUUCAUCGAAACAGCCUAUAAACAUUGCAGAAUUGGUAGUGCAGGCUAACACUGGAGUCUUUCAAGAUGAGCUUCCUCUUGCCCAAACUGACUACCAAGAAGGAAGUGGACCAGGCCAUCAAAAGCACUGCGGAGAAGGUGUUGGUUCUCAGGUUUGGCAGGGACGAGGACCCUGUCUGUCUGCAGCUGGAUGAUAUUCUCUCGAAGACUUCCGCUGACUUAAGUAAAAUGGCUGCUAUUUACCUGGUAGACGUGGACCACACGCCAGUCUAUACGCAGUACUUUGACAUCAGUCACAUUCCUUCCACUGUGUUUUUCUUCAAUGGGCAGCACAUGAAAGUGGACUAUGGGUCUCCCGAUCACACUAAAUUUGUGGGAAGCUUCAAAACCAAACAGGACUUCAUGGAUUUGAUUGAAGUCAUCUACCGGGGAGCUAUGAGGGGGAAACUUAUUGUCCAGAGUCCUAUUGACCCCAAGAAUAUCCCCAAAUAUGACCUCCUCUAUCAAGACAUUUAGUACAUGCACGGCUGUGGGAGAUGAAAGAGUGGUGACUGGAAAUAGGACCUGAACCCAAAGGGCCUGUGGUCUGGAGUCCUGCAGAGACACGUUCACUGCUCCAGCAAAGCGGUUUGAUGUGCCUGUAAUCAACGAGCCCUGCACGGAAGCCCCAGGACUCCAAGAAUCCGGAUGCCUGAGUGUUUAUUCCCUGAGAGCCUCAGAGCAGUAGGGCAAUAGUGUUUGGGUGGUAACUUCCUUUUAUCUGGACUUUUCUCCCUUAAGGUCAUGCAUUCCUCCUAGACAGUCUGAUUAUGUGUUUAUGUAUAUACAUGUGUGCAUGCACGCGCACACACACACACAUUUUUCCCCACGCCUCCAUUCACUUGUCCCUUUUGCUCCUUCCUAUCCCAGCUUCUCUUGAAAUAAUGAACAUUCUAUUAGUACAAGAGAGUUCUUUUGUUUUCGGGACCUUCCUGGCAUGGACUGAAACCACUGCCCUGGGCAGCUCAAUUACAGCUGGCAGGCUAUUAAAUUGGCAAGAGGAAAAUGUGGCCCUUCACCAUCCAUCACAGUUUAAGCUAAACAACAAGUUACUUCGUUGGGAAGUAAGGGACAGAGCUCCCCAAAAGACAGUGUCACCACCGACUAUUUCAAGGACUCAAGACCAAAGGUAUAUCAGAAUUAUUAAGGGGAAGUACCUGUGUGGUCUGCUGAUUCCAGCAGCUUUUGAAGACUAGCUGACCUUCCAGGGUCCCUGUGGCCCAACCUCAGGAAACUUGUGUUUCUCUUAAACCUCAUGGUGGCUCUUAUCCCUGACUCUGGAAUGAGACAGUAGGUCAAAGCUGGAGGUCUGGCCAAGCAUCCUGUAACCUACUGGGCAGCAAGAGACUUGUUACCAGCAGAGAUCCAGGCUUGUUGUGGCAGCCUGGUCACCUCAGGGCCAGCCUUGUAGUCAGCUGCGUCUUUCUAAGCUUGUCCAUCCCAGAAAAGUGAAAUGAGACCCAAUUCUGAUGGAUAUGGCACAGGAAGAAGGUUAUCAGAGUUUUCCAUGCCCUCCGCUUAAAACCGAGAACACUUCAAGGUUGGGAAAAGAGUUCUUUCCCAUCCCUUCCUUGUGAUACAUGGGGCUAUGGCAGCCACCCUAGGCCCAUGGGAUGAAAAUGAGUGCACGAGGAUCAUCAGGGUCGGGUCUCUAACGUUACUGAGCCCCUCGGGGAACUCUAAACCUUCCUCCACAUCCUGUGGAAGAAUAAAAUUUUAUUGUCCAACUGUC